AUUUGACAUGCAUUAAACCCCGUUUUCCCUGAAAGCAGCCAAUAUGUACAGAUUUCAAUGAUAAACACUAGACUGGCCAAUGUCGUCUUACAAGCUGGUAAAUACACUCUCUGAGUAGUGGAGCAGACGCUCCUAGGCAUUCUUAUCUGCAGUGCAGACAGGCAGCGGUAAUCGUUCCUAGCAUGGUGGGUUACGGUUCUUAGCGUAGCUAACGCUUCUAAGCACAUACUGAUUUGCAAACAUGGUCUGUAAAUUUAGUCGGCUGCUAACGCGACCAACUAAAAAUAAAUGCAUCCGCUGUAUUAGGAAAUCAGUUUAUAAUAAUGGGAAACACAAUGUGACUGUUAUAACUUUGUAGUUAUUGAUUACUCACUACAUGUUUGAUAUUAUAAACAUGUUUAUCUUGUAUGAACCACUCAGAUAUGUUCACUAUCAGGUUUACAUAAGAUAUAAAAGCAAUAUAGCCUAUUUUCUAUUCUAGACUUUGAUUGUUGAGCCAAUUUUAGAUAACAUAGCCCGAUAGUGCGAUUGUGAGAAGAUACAGUAGCGGUUUAUGAUAUUGAAGUAUGUUCAUGCUUACAUGGUUAAUGUUUAUCAGUUUCCAACAAAUGGCUGAAGGAGACAUCAGACGAAUAGAGCCAGGUAGUGAAAAUGUUCCCAUAUACAGCAGCCUGUACAGUCGUCACUCACGGAAUUAUGUGGAAAGUGUGUCCGUGGAGACCUGCACAAUAAUGAACCGCUUGGGCUAUGGUGAUGAGAUCAGACGGUGGCGAGUUGAGAAGUUCAGGCAGAUUGAUAGGCUAUAUAAUGCAGAAUUAAGUUAUGUUACUGGAAUCACAGCUGGCAGCAAGGCAGAAGGGCUGACGGGAUAUUUAGAGAGCGACUGGGACAUACUAUUCGUGGUUGACGAUAUCCUCUGUGUGGAGGCUGGUAUCAAUAUUCACACCAUAACAGGCGACAUGGACGUGUUUAGGAUGGAUACACGUGUAUAUUCAGGACACUGCAGACUGUUACAGGAGAGAGAAGCGUCUACAGGUAACAAAUUAAUACACGAUGCUCUGUGUGAUGAUGGAUAUGGAGGCGCUCUAUUAAGUAGUAGUAUAUUACUAGAUGAAGUAGGGAAUAUAGCCGGUGACGGCAUGCAACAACAUGAACGCGCGGGGCCUUCUAUACCUGGUGUAAUAGAAGGGGUAUUGAAUAUGGACACUGUAUAUUCACUACGUUGUCACUGCCCCAGCAUCCUUCAAAAAUGGGCGGUAAGACCCCGUCACUGGCCAUCAACGGUCAUAGUUCAGAAGGUCGUAUCAUUAGGAGCCUAUGUAACCCCUGUAGGACAUAAGGGAAGUGAAAACAAGCACAUGGAAUGGCGGAUUUGUUUUAAUACCGGUGAAACAGAACUUGUGAACAAUCUUAAUGGCACACAAGUGAAAGUAUAUGUUAUGCUUAAAAUGAUUCUUAAAGACAUACUUCAACCACAAAAAAAAGAAAUUACAUCGUAUGUGUUGAAAAACAUAAUAUUAUGGCAAGCUGAAAGAAACCCACAAUCACAGUUUAAUGCACAUGAUUUCUUUUACUGGCUGCAUGACGCACUGAGAGAACUAAGGACUGCUAUUGCUCAAAAGCAUGUAGCAUAUUACAUGAUUCCAGAUAGAAAUUUAAUGGCAGCGUGUGGUUUGGAGGAGGCGCUGCAGCAUAAAUGGAUUGCAGAUAUCACGGACAUGAUGGCAGAAGGGCCAAGAGUAAUACUGAGAUUGCCGAAGAUACGUCAGACGAUUGUCGCGUCCCAAGAGCCGAUGUUGUGGUUCAGCCAGAAAAAGAUGGAGUUAGAGAUGCUGUUUCUGGAAGGUAUGACAACAGGUAUGGAGAGCGAUCAAAAUUAUGCCAUCUCUCGGGAGGUACAGAGAGUCUCGAGGCAGGUGCAACAACGGAUGCUCCUGGAAGGCAGUGUUGUUAAUAAUUUGGAUGAUAUAACCAUGAACAUACUAAUGUCAUAUUAAUUGAAGUUCUUAUAUUAAACGCGAAUCAUUUAUAUGUAUAUAAACACGUAUACGCUACAAGUAAAUUUAACGAGUGUUUAAGAGUGUUAUACAUAUACCGAACUUCACAAUCAAAUCAGAGUGAAUUACUGAUAUCUUUGUCACGUUAUGUACAGUAAACAUUAUCUUGUUAAAUAUCAGUUUUUUUUAUCAAAUUUAUGUUAUAUCGCGAUAUUACCAAUACAAAUUACUUCUAUCGGAAAAAUUUCGGGUUAAAUGGGAAGAUUAAAGCUAUUAUGUGCGUUAAAGAUUUAUUUGAAUCACCUGUCAACCGCAUCAUGACCAAUCGCGCUGAAAUGUUGCGGUCACAUUGAAGAGCAUGCUGAAGAGUUACCGAUUUGUUGUCGAUCAAACGUUCAAAUGAUACCGAUCAAACUGUCGAAUGAAAUAGUACUUUACAUUCCUACCAGCCAUAACACUGCUGCUAAAUGUACAUCGCAGACUUCAUUUUUUGACAAUUCAUUUCCUGUUAAAAGUCGAAGGCAGUAGAGGCUUUUAGAUUUCCUUUAUUAAAAAGUAUCAAUAUCCUCAUUCAUUUUUAUUUAAAUUUGUUUAAUUUACAUUCAUUGAAUUCUAUAAAUUUCAAAUUUCAAAUUAAUUUACUUUUUGAUGGUAACUGACGUAGAAUUUUAAAGGUAAUUUAUUUCAUGACUAUGUGUUUUUUACGUUGAUUAAACAUGUCUAUCCGCAAAGAAUUGCCUGAUAAAACCAAUUGUUUUUACAAGGAAAAGGAAAAUGGCGAUGAACAAAUGUUACUUGUAUCACGCUUUCAGAUUUUUAACUCAUCAAGGAAGCAAACACAACUAGACGAAAAAACACAUUGUCAUUUUGAUCCAUACACAAAUUAGCAAAAGCCAGAAGAUGUUUUAUUUUAAUAUUCCAGUUAGUAUAAAGUGAUGCAAAAGACGUGUGAAGAAGAGUUGUUUUAGACUUUAAAUAACAAUAUCGACGUUAAUAAAUAUGCUUAAUGUACUGGUAAAUAUUUUGCCAAAAAUAGCAACCAUCUUUUUUCGGCCUUUUGCUGUGGUAAAACAAGAAUUUAAGUUUGAACAAAAUCGUUUGUGUUCUAUUUGUGGGUGCUAGAAAAAAUCCCCUUUCAAUAUGGAUCAUAUACGGGACCUACCUGUUCAAAAACAGCAUUCUAUCGCGUUGUUAUUAAAACUGAAAGGCAGGAUAUGUGCUCUUUGUCCUCGCCCUCUACAUUUCUUACUCGCUCAAUAUUUUUCAAUAUAUAUAUAUAUAUAUAUUCGUAUCUGCCUUGAAUAAUACGAAGUGAUCAGUUAAUUCCGAUUGUUUCUCUUAGUAAACAAUCGAUAAACAUUUAUCUCUUGCUCGGCGGCGUUCUUCCUGUUUACAUUCGGCGACAAAUCAAAAUAUGUUUGAACACCAAGGAACACUUUUGAAAUACUAUACAAAAAAUAACAAUCAAUGAAUAGACAGUACGAUAUACUAUUAUAUAAAUCUUAACAACAAUUUGGAACCUUAUACCGCUCCAUACCAUGUAACACAUUUUUCCAAUGAUCCCGGGACAAUUACUAAGAAAUACAACGACAGAGUGAGGUGGUAAAUGAGGCCUUUAUUGUGCAUAGAAAAAUAUUUUAAUCUACGAAUGGUUAACAUGUUGUGCAAUGUAAUUAUGUUACCUAUCGAAGAUUCCAUUAGCAAUAAACUGUACAGUAUG